CUUUAUUUAUAAUGACAUUGACAGUAGAUUUCUGUCAAAAACUGUAUGUACACAAUUCUGUUAUAAAAAGUUUAAACGCUUUAAAAAUAAAUAACUUAAUGUUAAACAGUUAGUUGUUUACAACGCGAUAAUUAUUUAAUGAAAUGUUUUUGUCAAAAUGCUCCUUUUUUCCUGACAAGAAAUCUAAAUGUCAAACGGUAUUUUACGGUUAGUGCAUUCUCCGGUGUCAAAGUCCGCCUUGUAUACCUUUGUAGUGUUUUGUAAAUAAUACAUUUAGUAGAGAGGGUUAAAGAUAAGGCGAAUGACACCUGUGACAAGCGAAAACUGCGGCGGUCCGGUUAUUACGUGUAUGCGAGUCAAUUAAGGAAUUUCGUACGUCAUCCGACCGUCGCAGCUUAUCUUACUAUCUACACACGAAGUCCGGGAAAUUACUUAUUUAUUCCUCGGCGUGACGUUGUCGAUAAAGGAUGACGUUCAUUGGAAAACCGUGACGAUCGGCAUUUUAUAACAGGUGAAUUGGAUGUUAUGUGAAACCCAUUGAUUGUAUGCAUUUUGACAUACCAAAUAUCCACGAGGAUGGAACCUACCUCUGGAGAUAGCGGCAGGAAAAAGUCCACCGAGGAUUUCAUUUUUGGGAAAGCUAUCGGAGAAGGAAGUUUUAGUACCGUUUAUUUAGCUAAAGAUAUCCAUACAAAUAAAGAAUAUGCAAUUAAAGUAUUGGAGAAACGUCACAUCAUACGAGAGAAAAAAAUGGAAUACGUAAUGCGUGAAAAAAAUGCUUUACAAAUAAUAUCGGGAAAAAGUCCAUUUUUUGUCAGCCUGUAUUGUACAUUUCAAGACACUAAUCGUCUCUACUUUGUAUUAACAUACGCUAAAAACGGAGAACUAUUAACGAAAAUUAAUCAAUUAAAAAAAUUCGAUGUAACAACCGCGACCUAUUACACAGCGGAAAUCGUUUUAGCCUUAGAAACAUUACAUUCAAAAGGUGUGAUACAUAGAGAUUUAAAGCCUGAGAAUAUCCUUUUUGAUGAAAAUUGGAAUAUUUUAAUAACAGACUUUGGUAGUGCAAAAAUCCUCAAAGAAAACGAUAAAAACGAAGAUGAGAAUCAAGUGAGAAAAAGAAAAAAUAGUUUUGUUGGAACAGCACAAUACGUUAGUCCCGAAUUAUUAUCAGAUACCGAAGUUUGUUUUGCUUCCGAUUUAUGGGCCAUGGCUUGUAUAUUGUUUCAAAUGUUAUCUGGUGAAGCUCCGUUUCGCGCUGGUAGCGAAUAUUUAAUAUUUCAAAAAAUUAUAAAAUUGGAAUACGAGUUCCCCGAGGGAUUCGAUAAAAUAUCCAAAGAUUUUAUUGAAAAAAUUUUAAUUUUACAACCAUCUAAACGGUUGGGUGCAAACGAUUCCAUUCCAUAUACGAGUAUUCGUAAUCACGAACUUUUUAAAGAAUUAAAUUUUGACCAAUUAGGCCCACCGCCGAAAAUGGUUAAAGACGAUCUACAUCCCACCGCAACGGAAACAUCAUCAAUACCCGAAAAUAUGGAACCCGGAUUUAAUGAAAUGAAAGCAACCAGGUUACAAUUUGAAAUGGCUUGUCCAAUAAAACCGAGUUUAAGAAAGAAAUCGGAAGCGAACAAAAACAUAGCUAAUUUAAUGCCGGAAGAAAUCGAAAGGCGACUUGAAAUUCAAAGGAAAGAUAAAUGGCAUCAAUUCGUCGAAGGAAAUUUAAUCAUAAAACAAGGAUUAUUGGAUAAAAGAAAAGGGUUAUUUCCAAGGCGAAGAAUGUUUCUUUUAACUUUAGGGCCUCAUUUGUAUUAUGUCGAUCCUAGUGCGAUGGUCCUGAAAGGUGAAAUACCUUGGAGUGAAACUAUAUGGACUGAAGUAAAAAAUUUCAAAAUAUUUUUGAUACACACGCCGAAUCGAACGUAUUAUCUUGAAGAUCCAGAAGGGUAUGCUCUGGAAUGGUGUAAAGUAAUUGAAGAAGUAAAAACUCAUUAUUACCCCAAAUAACAUUCACUAAAAUCGGAUGCCACAUCAAAAUGAAAUAAAACUCGCUCACCCCCCGCGGCAACUUAAUUUCUUCGUUUUCAACCUUCUAUUUAUACAUUAAAUUAUUGCGUAACUUUUAAUUUAGUGAUGUAUGUACGGUUUAGACAUAAGACAGCGUUAUUUAUCAUUAAAAAGAGUACUGUAGGCUCUUUAUUUUGUUUCCGCAGAUACUAUUAAUACCUACUACUACUAUUAUUACCUUUUAUUAUUACUACAUUUGUUAGUAUUCUCAAAUUUUAGUUUUUUUUGUCUUAAAAAGAACAUCUCUUGGUGUGUGUUAGUAGGUUGUACUGCGUGUAUUUUUUUAAUAACAAUUAUUUUAAAACGUUCUACAUUUAUUAAAUUAAAAAAAAAUUCUAAAAU